UUCCCUGAUGCCUGAAGCUGGAGGAUCGACUAGUGUUUAAAUCAGAAGGAAGGUCGAUACUAGUUUACGGGGUGAUCUGGGAAUUGUAAUUGUCAAACAUAGACAUGAGUUGUUCAAAAACGCUGUCUACGGGUGAGAUUAUAACAGCUUUGUCUGUUACUGCUGGAGCUGUGGCUGUUGGAUUCCUCAUCCACAAAACACUUUGCUCCAAAGCCAAAUGCGCCAAACCAAAGGUGAACCUGGACCUGCUGAAAGACAACCCGAAAGUGGUGCAUGCUUUCGAUAUUGAGGACCUCGGGGAUAAAGCUGUUUACUGUAGAUGCUGGAGAUCCAAAAAGUUUCCAUACUGUGAUGGUGCCCAUGCGAAACACAAUCAGGAGACUGGAGACAACGUGGGACCUCUGAUCAUAAAGAAGAAGGAGGCCUGAGCAUAAGGGUGCAGAUACUCAGGGUAGCUGCUCUUUAUGAAUGCAGAGUAAUUUCACUGAAGCAGUGAGAGAGAUUAGUAUAUAUUUGCCUCACAUGUGGCUAAGCUGGUUGUAUGAUUUUUAAUUCUCUUGCCUGAGCUGCCUGUGUGUGAUAAAUCACUUGUGACCAGUGGUAUUUUUUCAUGGUCCUGUGUGUAAUCUCAGAUUUUGUUUAUGUGUUUAGAAGAAUGUAAUUUUCUGCAUUCUGUAUUCAUGGUGGUGAUUUAACAAGUACUUCUGUUGUUUGACUCUUAUUAUAGAGUAAAUUGUUUACUGGUGAUUGCAUUCUACUGACAUGAGCUAAAGGUUUGGUUUUAAAUCACUGUAAUUCAUGGGGACAAAAGCACUUAAUAAAAAAAAAAAAAAAAACAGUGACAAUGUUUUGUGCACAGUCAAUUGCAAGCCCUAUAAAUAUUAAACAAAUAAAUUGAGCAGAUGGAUAAAAUGUAUU